GUGAAUCUCGCCUGCAUAGGGUCGAGUCGCUCUUGGCGCAAGUUAUGGAAGAGAACAAGUUGUUGAAGGUCAUGAGCAUUUUAAUGUCGCUGCUGCGCUGGGUGUACAGUCUGGUCAGCCAAGAUGAUGAUGCCGUGUCGGAUGUUGAAAUUGAUGGAUCUUGGCUUGUGAGUGCCAUUACUAGCGCGUCGGAGGAGUUGGUCGAGGGGAGAAGGAUUAAGGUUGAUUUAGCCAGUGGCGAGGUUAUUCUUCCGGCGGGUUAUUUGGUUGAGCUUGGGUAUGCAAUUACCUGGAAGCGGAAAGAAUGUAAGAUUAGGAGGUUGGGCUACAACUACUGGGGGAGUACGAGGCUACGGGCCUGCGGGGUACAAGGUCUCACUGCGAGGGAUCAGCUGUUUUUCCUGCGUGCCAUGUUUCCCUCGGUUCCGGAAGAGUUGCUGCCGGUGCUAUGCUUGACCUCGAGCGUAAAGGCUGCGCGUGAGCUGAGUGGUGACGGUGGCUUGAGUGAAGCGGAUGAUGGUUGUAAAGAAGAGGCUGGUCCUCAGGAGCCACCAAGUGACAUCAAUGAUCCUCGGUUGGUUGAAGCCUACGAUCUUAAUGUUGCGGAAUUGUCUAUGGUAGGACAGAAGCCGGAUGAUGUGGUAAAGGACCUGGAUGAACUGCAGUGUUUGUUUGAUCCCUCCGAGAUUGUGGAUGAUUUCGUUGGUGUUAAGGUUGUUGAUAGGCCGGAGAAGAUGAUGUCAGAGAUCUUAAUUGUGCUGAGGGCGAGUCUGAGUACGAGGUCCUACAAACGUGUGUCGGACUCCUGCCUCCAGCGCGUCGAAUUGUGCAAAACGAAAGAGGUCGUGCUGUCCUUUGUGGACUUAUGGGAUUUGGUGAAUGCCCCUGGUUUUCCCAUCAUUGUUAGGGCUGUAGGAACCUUUAAGGGUGGAGGUCUGUGGCUGGAAGGUAAGGUAUCCUGUGAGGAUUCCGAGGCUUUGAAAUUAAGCUCUGUGUGCUGUGAGCUGGAUGGUGAACUCCAGACUGAUGGGUUCUACAGUAAGGAGAUGUGGGAUGUAGAGUUUCCUUGUGAAGUCCUUGAUCGCGAGGGGCGAUCCUUUGCUAUCCAAGAACAUUUUGAUGCAGCGUGUCUGUGUAAGACUUUGUCCAGGGAGCUUAGUGGCCCGGAGAGUAACUAUGAGAUAACUGAAUUCCUUGGGGAGCUCAAGAUUGCUGAGGAUCGCAGAGAAUGGUAUGAGGGCAUCUUGUGGAGUGGGUAUCUUGAGUCGCCUCAUGUGUUAGUGAAGGCUCUGAACCGUGAUAUUCCUAUCUGUGAGGAAGAACCGAUGCCUGCCGCCGAGGUGUUUCUGCAAACCAGGCUGUCGAAAGAAUCAAUGUUUCUGAUCUUGAAGAAUUGGCAAGAGGUGGUAGGACUGACGGUGCGGAUUGUGUUGGCUUUUGCUGCCUACCAUGGUUGGGCCUCGUUAAGUUUCGGGAUAAAACUCUUCAUGCACUAA